AUGCUGACCGAAAACAAAAAUGGAGAUCCUAUUGGUUCUCAGGCUGAAGGAAACUCGAUCCUCUACAUUAUUUAUCCACAAGGUGUGAAGAAACUGUUGGAGUUCAUGAAUAAAAAUUAUCGGAAUCCGAUAAUCUACAUAACUGAAAAUGGAAUUACUGAGCCAAAGGAUAAUAAACUUGGACUUGAUGCUGCACUGAAGGAUCCACGUAGAAUUGAAAAUAAUCUGAGGCAUUUGUUCUGGAUGAACGCCAAUGAAGAAUGGAGUGAACUUGAAAGGAUAUUUCCACUGGGCUCUGCUGACUAUGAAUCGGUUGAUGGAUAUACCUUAAGAUUCGGGCUUUACUACAUCGAUUACAACAACAAUCUCACGCGCAUUCCCAAAGAGUCUGCUAAGUGGCUGCCUAAAUUCGUCAAAGGGUGA